AUGGCGCCCAUCCCCAUCCCCAUCACCAUCAUCACCGGCUUCCUCGGCUCGGGCAAGACGACCCUGAUCCUGAACCUGAUUCCGCAGCUUCCCAAAACGUACAAACUCGCCCUCCUCAAGAACGAGUUCGGUGACGUCGCCGUCGACUCGGAGCUGGCCUCGUCGAGCGCCAUCUCGGGCGUGCAAGAGCUGCUCAAUGGCUGCAUCUGCUGCAACCUGGUCGGCCAGCUAUCCGACGCCCUCGCCACGCUCGCUGCCGACAUCGCCCCCGACCGCAUCGUGAUCGAGACGUCGGGCUCUGCCUUCCCGGCCACCCUGGCCAUGGAGGUCAACCGCCUGGCCCAUAGCACCGCCAAGUACGUGCUGGACGGUGUCAUGUCCGUCAUCGAUGUCGAGAACUGGAAGGGCUACGAGGACACGUCGUACACGGCCAAGAUGCAGGCCAAGUAUACAGACGUCGUCGUUCUAAACAAGUGGGAGCUCGUCGGCGAGCGCAGGCUGGAAGACGUAGAGGAUGCCGUGCUCGCCUUGGAAGUUGACCCACCAAUACCGCGCACCAAGAGCGACCGCGGGUGGGUCAGCAAGGACAUUGUUUUUGGAUUGGAUCCCAAGCUGGUCAAGGCUGCGGGUUCCAAGUCCGAGUACCACCACGAUCACGACCACUCCAGCGAGGUAGAGGUUCUCAGUGUGGCACUGACCUCCAACGGCAACAAUGCUAGCGUCGACUUGGGGAAAUUGGAAAAGCUCCUCCGAGAGCCCACCAAGGACUCUGUAUACCGCAUCAAAGGCGUCCUGUAUGCCUCGAGCGCACCGACAUCUUCCCAGUCCGAUUCACAGUCAACGCUGAGCGUCGCUGGUGACCGAACGCGAUAUAUCCUAAACUGGGCAUUUGGCAGGUGGACAUUCACCCCGGUGCCUCCGCUAUCGGCCAACAAUACAGCAUUGGCAUCCGGAACGACAAUCGAGGAGCCUGAACUAAGGUUGACUGUUAUAACAGCAAAAUACGAGUCCAACCAGUUUCAGAAAGUCAUAGAAUCAAGUGGAUUCAUUGCUUUGGACGGCAAUUCAGAGGGCAAGCUGACCAUAGAACGGGUGUCUUAG